AUGAAAGUUGCAUUAUUGACAGUUAGUGAUUCAGCCGUUAAUGGAACACGAGAAGAUAAGAGUGGACCAACGUUGAGAUCUCUUAUCGAUUCUUCAAAAACCAUUGAUGCGGAAACGGUUGAAUGUUGUCUGGUUGAGGAUGAUCGGGAUAAAAUUGCACAGAUUUUGAUUGAUCUCUGUACGAGGUCAGAUGUUAUCAUUACAACCGGAGGUACUGGCUUUGCACCGCGUGAUGUGACACCCGAGGCCACGCUAUCAGUGAUCGAUAAGAGAUGCGGUGGACUCGAGACUGCAUUGCAUAUGCGUUCACUUCAGUCGACUCCGUUAGCUGCCCUUUCGCGUCUUUGUGUUGGCAUCAGAGGUCAUACGUUGAUUGUUAAUCUACCCGGGAGUACCAACGCGGUCAAGUUAAUGUAA